AUGUUCAGCAAUGCUACAACGGACAGUCCGGCUCCAAUGGCUGCACUUUGUUUGUCAAGGAAAGCCUUCCGCCAGGACUCCAAUAUCCGCAUCGACACAGGCUACCUCGACAGUAACCUGGACUUCGGCAUCAACACCCCUCGUGACCAGCAUUGGCUCUAUCGACGUGUAACCCAUUGCGCUCCGUUGAAGACCGAAGGGUACCGAGAAUCUGUGUCGAAGUUAGACGGCGGCUUGGAUAUACCAUACAUGAAGUACUUCUUUGGCGGAAGGACUGGCUUGGGGAAUGGAAAUCUUACAUACGAGUAUCCUAUUCUGCAAAAAUCUCAAGUCUAUGCCGAGAACUUCCAGAGUGCUUUUGCAGAUUACAGUUUAAGCAUCCUUGCUGUCAACUACUACAACGGCUCAAUCAGCAGGGACCAAUCCCACUUCACCCCUAUCAAGGCCUUGCAGCGGCCUGAUGCCGACUUGUACAUGAUUUUUCUCUCAUCGAAUGCCGUCAUGUUCACAAACGAGACGGAUGACCCGUGGUACUCUGCGCACGACCACGCCGGCCGCAUAUACUCAGUAUUCGACAGCGAAGCCAUUACUGACGUAUAUUUUGCUGAUGAGCCAGCGUCUCCUCUAGCCUGCUUGAUUCAGCACCAAGUGUGCGAUCCGCAAUCGACUUCAAACACAACUUGCACCCCAUUGGUUUCCGCCUUGGAUUUGCGCGAAGCGGCUGCCGCCAUCUGGUCUGAUGAAGACGGAUUAUCAACAUUCAUGUUCUCCGCCGGCGCCGGCAAUCUGGAUAGCACGAGCGUAUCCACGCUCAUCAUGCAGUCGGGCCUCGACUCCGACUCCCGCAGAAGCUUCGGAGAGCAGGGACCCAUUCCCAACAACCAGUGGCAGCGAGACGUCGCAAGAUGGACCAACAUUUCACUCGCCUAUACACAGCAGUCAUAUCUAGACGCAGCAAGCGGUCCGAGCGAUCCGCAGGUCGAGCAGUUUUACACAGGCCCUCUGAACGAUGAUCAUCGCCGGCUCUGCCGAAACCAGAUGAUCCUCACCACUGCAUACACCAAUUUCUCAAUAUUCGGCCUAGCAACGGUCUUAGUCGUGGGCGGCUUGAUCAUCUUCAUUUCCUACGCGCUAGAGCCCAUUAUGAGGUGGAGGAAGCGCAGCCGCCACGCCUAUGCCACCCUCGAAUGGACCAUGAACGACACCCUGCAGGUGCAGCGCAUGGCGCAUGAGGAGCUCGGAAUGGGCCGAUGGAUGAACUGCGACCGCGACGUCCCUAUCACUGAGGGCCGAGACCGCCUUGCCGUGCUGGAUUUGGAGGAUUUGAAGCAUCCGAGGCUGAAGGUGGCGCCGGAUACAUUUGAGGACAUUUUGGCUGGGAAGCCUGAAAGGGGUAAAGGAGAUAGUGUGGAGGAGACGACGCCGGAGAAGAGCGUGCAGACGACGGAAUCGGAAGUUGCGCCAGAUGCUAGGGACUCCGAGCAGGGACUGGAGGCUGCUUCUCCUCAUGGCCCUCGCGAAUCAACGCACUAA